UUUCCAACGUUAUUGUUACCUACCCUGUUCCGGGAAGGAUUAUAGGACGCGUAGGCUUAGACGCAUUUAAGACAUUACUACCCUUAUUGAACAAUCGAAUUUAACACUGGAUCUCCUUGGCUUUGAGGUUGUGAGUCAAACACCCCAGCUCCAGGUUCGCUCUCAUUAUCUUUCCAGAGCACAGGCUCCUCCUCAUUAUUGCACCUACAGGGCAACACGUCUCAUCGUUUUGGCCCUAUGAACCACCUCAGGCGGCAGGCCUCGCCCUCCGCGCUACCCCGCCCAUUACCCCGAGUGUCUCGCCUUUACUUGUUGAACACCAACUAACCGCGUCUCAGCGCUGCGUGUCGAGUCUUCGUCCCACCAUCGACCCGUUGGCUAAAACCUACACUGCCCGUGGAAAAUACUCGAUACACACACCGCAUGCGUUUGCAGGCCAACGCUUGGUCUCAAUAACUGUCUGGCCAUUCAUCGACCCUCCCUGGCGACCUGGGCCUGUGCUGAAGUCACCUCUGUCAUAUUUGCGCCAUCAUCGGUAUCCGCGCUUACGCCCGCGCCCGCGCCUCCGUCUCCAUAACGGUUGCUCCUCACCCCCAAGCCGUCAGCUGGGCCGAGAGACUAUUGUCAACGACGAGGACUUCUCGGAAUUGGCCGGUUACGGCUCACGACUUUGCGCUGCGCUCGCGCUCGCGCACGCGCACUCCUUCUUUCAAAGGCUCGGCGCCUGCGACUCGACUCGAAGAUAUUCUACUGCCGGGCCAUGCUACGUGCCUGUUUUCGACUUCGACUUCGACCUGCACCAAUCUGGAAACGUUGCACGGUGCCACCAACCCCUUGCCAGCACCUUAUGAAGAGAAGCUUUGACACUUUUGUGGGACGUCACCCUUCUUCUUUCCCUUCCGAGAUGGCUGCCACCACCCACACCAACAUCGUGGCCUCGACUGUUCACCCGAAGUUUAGCCUUACCGCUAAAGAGAGGCAGCUCAGGGACCUCCUAGUCGACGUUGCUGCCUUCAUCGAUGCGGCUGGCCGUUCGCCGGAGCCUCUUGUACUUCGAUGGGCGGGAGGAUGGGUUCGCGACAAGCUACUCGGUAUCGAGAGCCACGACAUCGACACCGCCAUCAAUGCCAUGACUGGCUAUGCUUUUAGCUUGGAGCUACGUGACUACUGUGCGCAACAUGCCCAUACUGAGAAGCACAACAUUGGCCCGGACGAUAUGGGCAGCCUUCACAGGAUUGCUGCCAACCCCGACAAGUCCAAGCACCUCGAAACUGCCACUACACGCAUGUUUGGCCUUGAUGUCGACUUCGUCAACUUGCGCAAGGAGACGUACACUCAGGACAGCCGCAAUCCAAUGAUGGAAUUUGGCACUGCCGAGGAAGACGCUCUGCGCCGAGAUGCCACCAUCAACGCACUUUUCUACAACUUACAUACCGGCCUAGUGGAAGACUUUACAGGCGGUCUUGCAGACAUGGAAUAUCGCCUGGUUCGCACUCCUAUGGAACCAUUCCAGACCUUCACCGACGACCCUCUCAGAGUGCUAAGAUUGGUACGAUUUGCCAGUCGUCUUGACUUUUCCAUUGACCCUGCCGCCACUGCCGUCAUGGCCGACGCCCGCGUCCUAGACGCACUGAGGCUCAAGAUCAGUCGCGAGAGAGUCGGUGUUGAGAUGGAGAAGAUGCUGAAGGGCAGUCGCCCACGUAGUUCUUUGGACCUCAUUCGCACCUUGGGCCUAUACAAUGCCAUUUUCACAGAUUCGAAUGGUAUGGAGCACCCGCGGCCAGAUCUCUCCAAGUGGCAGUUGGUCUACGAUCUCCUCGACAGUCUUAUUCGCGACAGAGACCCGGGAUCCAUUUAUGAUAUUCUCGUCAAGUCGGACGAGGCCGCAUACUUCGCCUGGAACCUCGCGGCCAUCACCCCCUAUGCCCACGUGGAGAAGGAAAUCCCGCUACCAAAGGCCAGGGUGACUCUGCCGUUGACGACGCUGGUGGCUCGAGAAGGUAUCAAAGCUCCAAAUAGACUCUGCGAUGUCAUCACUGCAGCGCAUCGCCAUCGACAUGACAUUGCUGCCUUGAAGCAAGGCAUUUGUGCUAAGGGUCCAGUGGCCACCGAACGGGACAAAGUUGGCAUGGCGAUCCGCAAGUGGGAUAACCAGGGGAGUUACUGGCGCGUCCAGGUGCUAUAUGCUCUGCUUGUUGAAGCUUCGGAAAAGCUGACGCCUGAUUCCGAUGCUGACACCAUUGUUUUCCUCUCUGGCUGGAAGUCAUUUCUGGAUCAUUUGGCGGACCUAGACGUCAUGGAUGCGCCGUCUCUGAGGCGCCUGGUCGAUGGCCGCAUGCUAGCCAAGGAGCUUGGGGUUCGCCCGGGUAAGUGGAUGGGGCAAGCCUUGGACGUGUGUGUCGCCUGGCAGCUUCGCCAUCCAGGCGAAACAGAUCCGACCGGGGCAAUCGAUGAGGUACGGCGCCGAGCUGGCGAAUUGGGGAUUGAAGGCAUGAUGCGAGAGCAGCCAUCAUGAACCAGCCGUCGGCUCUCGGUUGCAUUCAAUAACGCAUGAACAGGUGAGAUGUUCGCCCUUGUUCUUUGCCCGAGACGUCUUAUCAUUGCCCGGGUUGAAGCUACAGCUUGAACAGUAUCAAGUGUUAGGGUUGAGAUUUGGCGGAUGAGUUAUAUAUAUAUGUACUUCACAAUAGAUAAGGGCGGGGAUUCCAACUUAAUUGAACAAGUGCCCGGCAUACCCUAAUAGACAACCCGUUUGAGGGAAAUAGCUGGAUGCGAAGUGUUUUAUUGCUUGCAGAACCUAAGGGCGA